AUGGACACGGUACAUAUGAACAACAUCCUGACAACAAUCCUAAUCAAACCUAACCAAGCAAUACAUAUAUACAUAUUUCAGUACGUUCUGAGCAUCGACCCGAAGAAUGGCACCGUCUCAGUAAAAAACACCCUGGGAGAGGAGGAGUCCAACAGAGACUGCACCAUCUAUGCAACUGACAGUGGAAAUCCACCUAAACGGAGCAACGCAUCUUUGAUAAUAAAGGACCCAGAUGAGCCACCGACUACGCCACCGUCAGAAUGCGUAGUUGUGUUUCCCGACAAUGGAGCAGUGGUCCUGACUCUGCAGAUUAUCACUGGAGUUCUGUCUUGUUUGGUCGUCGUGUUGAGUGCUUUUCUUCUGAGGAACCGUCUACGCUGCUUAAAGACCAUACAGACCAAGAGGGCAAGGUCAACAGCCAGCAUCCAUCCAGAAGUUCCCGUGGACCCAAAACCAAAGAAGAACGAAGACACAGGGGUGUUGAUACCAGCACAGCUGCCUGUACGGCUUCAUCAGGUUUUGGACAGAAAUGAACCACCAAUGCCACCCAACAACACGGAGCCGGUCUACCAUUAUAUCAACGAACAACCUACCCAUACCCCACCUGCUUCUUCGGGACCUAUACGGAAACCAUUACCAGCGCCUAACAUUGGACUGAAUGGGCCUCUGAAACAUCCAGUUGAUCAACUCACUUCAGCACAAAGGGACCAUCAUAUGACAAGACCAUCAGGGCCCCGUAGGGGGACACUUCCGCCACUACAGACUUCCCAGAAUAUUCCCCAACACGGGAAAGAGAAGAGGAAGAAAAGGAAACGGAGUCAAGUCCAUCCCAAGCAUUCGGAAUGCAGGAGUGACCGUGAUAGCGGGUUAGGGCAUGACGACAGUCGGGGCUCCUUUACGGACACUCCAGGUCCGGACUCACCCAAAUCUUGUCCGGACUCGCCUAAAACUUCGCCGGAUUCACCUAAAGCUUGGUCGGACUCACCUAAAGCUUGGCCGGACUCACCUAAAGCUUGGUCAGACUCACCUAAAGCUUGGCCGGACUCUGCUAAAGCUCGACCGUACUCUCCUAAAGUCUGGCCAGAUUCCCCAAAACUUUGGUCGAAUUCCCCAAAAGUUCUACCUAAUGACCAUCAGACUUUGCCGGAUGAAGAUAGUGAGGUUUCAGACACGGAACAGGUAGAUAAUCACGAGGACAUAGACUCGGACGCCAGGCCUGUGUACGAGUACGACACGGAAGCAACCACUGAGUAUGGCUCGAUGUUAAGCCUAUAGAUGUCCUGAACUAGACAAUGCAUUGUUACAAAACAUUAGGCAUUACUUUAGUAUACUUUUGGUUUAAGUUCUGUUUAAGAAGGAACAUAGACAACUGGCUAAUUUGAAAUAAAAUAGAACGCGAGAUUAAUAUUAUAGAUUGCACUUUGUUACGUAGAAUCUAAUUUCUGCAUUUCAAAUAUUGCAGUCAGUAGAACCGUUACUAUACAAAGAACGAACUUCUGUUUAAAUCUCAUUUACGGUUGAGCAAUAGGUAGCAUUGUUAUACUAUUAUUGUGCUCCAUGUACAUUACUAAAUUGGCCAAGUUGAAACCAGUACCUUUUUAUAUGUCAUAAUUAUAAGCCCACCAAGAUUUCUUUAUGAUAGGACUUACGUUAACUGAAAUACAAUGUUAUCGGUGUACAUAACAGAAUGAAGAAUUCUAUGAAGCACAUACUAAGCUUAAUACAUCGGAAAUAAUUAACUCCUACUGGCAGUUAUCCUGUACAUACGAAGACUACUGAUCUGUGCUUACGCAACACGCAUGUAAAUAAAGCCCGGAUGAAGUUUGCAAUUAAAGUCAUUUGUGGAAAUUGCAUUA